UCUUCACAUAAAAUGUAUAUUUUAUGACUAUGUUGUUCCCUCCUCUUAUUCAGAGCAUGAAGCAAGAUAUUCAAGAAUUGAUCAAAACUCCAAAGUGUGAGGAAAACACCACUUUCUCUUUAGCAUCCUCACUCCUGACCACAAAAAGGGAUAUUUGUCCACAGUCUCCAUCCGUAGUGUCUCAGCACUGUACUUCAAGAACAACAGCAAGCACUCCAUGUCCUCCACAGAAAAUAGCAAAUGGCGGCCCCUCCUGUCCUACUCGCAGAACAGCAAGCAUCAUCCCCUCCUGCCUUUCCCCUAUAUCCACAGACACUCAUAAUGUAAGUUGCCAGACAGUAGAGUCCUCCCUUGUCCCCUGUGAUGCCUGUGCUCAGGUCCAGUCCAGCCUGAGGGAGACUGGUGAUUGAGAGGUGGGAAGGUGGGAAGGCCCUCGCUGCAGCGCCUCCUUCCCACCUCUCUGCAGCGCCUCCUGGUGGCUGUGGAUGACACCAUGGAGCAGGGCCGUCUGACUGUAGGAGAUGUGUCCCAGUGGUCCACAGAGCAGCAGGUCAGGUGGGAAAGGUCUGGCUUCAGCAUCUGCUGAAGGUGCAGUCCACAGUGCAGGGCUCAGCUGGGGGAGGGCACAGGAGGAACUGAAGCGUAAAUGGGCAAAGGACCAAGCAAGACUGUAGGAGGCCCAGGCAUCCAGGAAGGAGACUGCAGGACGAACAUGAGUAGCUGAGUCUCCAUGUCCCUGGAGGAUAGCAACUCCAAACUGAAGGCAGAGAUUAGUUUGCAACAAGAAAGGUUACACAAACUCGAGUGUGAGAGAGAUAAGCUACAUCAGGAAGUGAAGGCCUUGCAGGUAGAGGAAGAGGCACGGAAUAAACUAGAGGAGAAGACACAAAAACCGGAGGCUCAACUGUCCAGUACUCAGCUCUUACUUGACAAAGAGAACUCCAAGUACCAGAAUGCAUGUCACCAACAGGAGUCACUGCAGGCCAAGCAGAUGUCUCUAUUGGAGAGAGUGGAUGCUCUGGACCAGGAGUGUGAGGAGCUUCAAGGACAGUUGGGGGAGACUGAGGACACACAGACAGGCCUACAGGAUAGACUGACACACAUCUCAGAGGAGAAGGACCAACUUAAAACCCAGCUCACCCAAGAACAGGUACAUUACUACCAGACAGAUGUGACUCAACGCAAUAUUAAGCACAAUGAAAUGUUUCACGUCAAGCUAUUAGGCAGCUGCAGGGACCGCUGCAAAUCUGUCAGAUUACAGAGGCCUCAUGAGGAUGAGGGAUGUCCUAUGGCUGGCAUAGUCUGA